AUGGCUGCAACCAACCGUGCUGACAUUGUCGUUGAUGAGAAAAUUCAUGACCCAGACCAUAUCGAAAAGACACAGCAGACUGUGGCCAUUGACAACAUUCAAGUGCUUGGGUUGAGCUCUGAAGAUGCGGACUUCUACACUAACUACCCACCUGAGGCGAGGAAGAAGCUGCUAUGGAAGGUUGAUAUCCGUUUAAUCCCCAUGCUGGCUGUUUUGUACCUCAUUUCACACCUCGACCGCGCCAAUAUCGGUAAUGCGAAGAUUGAGGGACUCAUCGAAGACCUUGGCAUGUCGGGCAUUCAGUACAAUAUCGUGCUUUCGAUCUUCUUCAUCCCAUAUGUUCUUCUGGAGGUUCCAAGCAACAUGCUCCUCAAGAACUUCACCCGCCCCUCUUUCUAUCUCGGCAUACUCAUCACUUGCUGGGGAAUCAUCAUGACCCUGACCGGGCUAGUACAGAACUUUGCAGGAUUGCUGGUUGUCCGCAUCCUUCUGGGUGUGUUCGAGGCAGGUUUCUUCCCCGGUGCCGUCUACCUCUGCACAAUCUGGUAUAUGCCCAAAGAACUCUCGACUAGGCUGGCGAUCUUCUACUGCGCAUCCGCCCUUAGCGGUGCAUUUUCAGGUCUUCUUGCUGCCGGCAUCGCGCAGAUGGACGGAGUCGGCGGCCAAGAUGGUUGGCGAUGGAUUUUCAUCCUCGAGGGCAUCGCCACCGUCGUCCUAGGAGCUAUGUGCUUCUUCCUCCUCAUCGACUCGCCCAGAAAGUCAGGCAGUUGGCUCGAGCCCGAGGAAAUUCGAUACCUUGAGCUGCAACAUUUCAUCAAGGAGGGCGGACACUUUAAGGAGGAGAAAAAGAAGGCAAAUUGGAAGGACAUCAAGGCGACAUUACUGAACUGGCGCAUGUACAUGCUUGCGUUUAUUCUGCUGGCGCAGUCGGCUUGUUCGUACGGAACGAAAUUCUUCCUUCCCACAAUCACCAAAGCCAUGGGCUUCCGCGACACAAACGCCCAGCUCAUGACCGUGCCCCCUUACGUGGCCGGCGCAAUCUCCGCCGUCUUCUUCAGCAAGCUUUCUGACCGGUUCUAUUGGCGCAUGCCUUUUGUCGCGAUCCCACUAUGCCUCGUCGUAACCGGUUACGCCGUUAUGGUGUCUCUUCACGGCGAACUAGACACGCGCGUUGGCCCAGCCUUCUUUGCUAUCAUCCUGACGACUAUGGGCAUCUACCCAAUCCAUCCUGCGACGACGUCGUGGACGGCGAAUAACCUGGCACCCUCUGGUAGAAGGGCAAUCGGGCUGGCGUUUAAUAUAUGCAUUGGAAAUAUUGGAGGAGUUGUUGGAAGUUACAUGUAUAUCGACAGCGAGGAACCUUAUUAUUACACUGGGUUCGGAUUGAGUUUGGCGCUGGGGGGCACAGCGUUGCUUGUUUCUUUGGUGCUGGAAUUGAGCUUCAAGUGGGCGAAUAAGAAAAAAGAGAGGAUGGGGGAGGAGGAGAUUCGAGAGAGAUAUAGUGAUGAUGAGCUGUUAGCUAUGGGUGAUAAGAGUCCGCUUUUUAGGUAUACGCUUUGA